AUGGCGAAAGGUACAGCCACUGGCGAGUUUGUGGUUGUUUCACAGGUUCGUACAGGUUGCAAAAGAGAAUUGCAAUUCGUUUUGAAAUCUCAGACUGAGAUCUGUGGGGGCGAGUCUUUAGGUCGGACUCGAGCGAGCAAGAGCUCGAUUAGCGACUCCAGAAGUACGGAUUUGAUGAAGAAACCUCGCCGUCUCCGUUCUGGUGGGAUCAAGAAGAUGCGUCUUGUGAAAGAUGAGGAAGAGGAAAAGAAAGUUGAGAGUGUUGUGAUCUCUGGUACUGUUGUUUCUUGUGCUCUAGAGGUAGAAGAAGAAGGAGAAGAGGAAGAAGAUGAAGGUAGUAAGAGUGAUGUUGUUGACAUUGAUGAAGGGAAAGGAUUGUGUAGUGACUCUAUGAGUGAAGAAGAGAAGAAGAUUGAGAAUCUGGUGGCUGAAAAAGAGAUUUCAAGAGAAAUGGUUCUUGCUUGUCCUGCCAAUUUAAGUUCGUUUUCAAGAUCUUGCCGGGUGAAGUUGGAAAGUGAUUUGGUUUAUGAGAAACCUGGAAGAAGGUUGACACGAUCAAUGUCGUCCAAGUCUGAGGCUAAUGGUGAUGAAAUUGCCGAGCGUGAAGCCAAAUGUCAAGAGGAUAGUUGCGUUGAUGCUUCUGCUUCAGUGGCAUAUGUGAAGGAGGAAGAGGUUAGUGUGGAUCCAUGCCUUGUGCAUCCAAGUGGAGCAUCGGAGGAUAAGGCGGUGAAUGAUACAGUAGAGAAGCCGUUGAGGAGGUUCACUAGGUCACUGAUCAAACAGGAAAGUGAUUUAGAGUUAGACAAUCCUGAUUUGGAAAGUAAGAUUGAGCCAGAACAAGCCAUUGAUGUCGAAAUGGUUGAUUUUCAAAGUCCUUUAGCUACAACUCCCAAAAAGCGUGGAAGGCCUAGGAAAUGUACGAGGAAUUUCCCAGCAAAGCUGAAAGAGCUUUUUGAUUGUGGAAUACUUGAGGGACUAACUGUGUACUAUAUUCGAGCUGCAAAGCUGAGAGAGGCAGGGACUAGAGGGCUUAAAGGAGUGAUAAAUGGACCAGGCGUUUUGUGCUUUUGUGGUGCUUGCAAAGGAAAUCAAGUGGUGAGCCCGGCUGUGUUUGAGCUGCAUGCUUCUAGCUCGAACAAGCGCCCACCUGAGUAUACAUUGCUGGAGUCUGGAUACACACUUCGUGAUGUCAUGAAUGCAAUUAAGGAAACUCCAUUGGCUACACUUGAAGAAAAACUUCGUGAUGUAGUUGGACCAGCUUUAAAGAAAUCUAGCCUGUGUCUCAGUUGCCAAGGUCCAAUGGUUGAGCCUUGUGAUACAAAGUCGUUAGUUUUGUGCAAAUCUUGUUUUGAGGGAAAGGAUACAGAACUCAAUACCAGUCCUUUUAAAGCAAAUGAUGCUCUUAAUGGAUUAUCUACGCCAAGUGUGGCUCCAAGAACUGUCCUUCGGAAGUCAAUAAACAGUCCUGGCCAAAGUAAUAGGCGAGAACAACCACCCAGAAAGUCAUCUGAGCCAUGUGUGGUUCCAGGAACUAGUCUGAGUGAGUCAAAAUCCAGCUCAAUCAAAAGCAACAGCCACGGGAAACUUACCAGAAAGGAUCUGCGGCUGCACAAGCUUGUUUUUGAGGAUGAUAUACUGCCGGAUGGGACGGAAGUGGGUUAUUUCCUCGCUGGGAAGAAAAUGCUUGUAGGCUAUAAGAAGGGAUUUGGGAUACAUUGUUCUUGUUGCAACAAAGUGGUUAGUCCUUCAUCGUUCGAGGCCCAUGCUGGCUGUGCAACUCGUCGGAGACCGUUUCAUCACAUUUAUACAACCAAUGGAGUUUCUCUUCAUGAACUAUCAGUCGUACUAUCAAUGGACCAGAGGUUUUCCAUCCGUGAAAACGACGAUCUUUGCACUAUCUGUAAGGACGGGGGUGAACUCUUGUGUUGUGAUACCUGUCCAAGAUCGUAUCAUACAGUAUGUGCUUCUCUACCAAGCCUUCCGAGUGAAAGGUGGUCCUGCAAAUAUUGCUUGAGUAUGAUUGAGAGAGAGAAGUUUGUGGAUAGCAAUCCCAACGCCAUUGCAGCUGGUAGAGUUCAAGGAGUUGAUGCAAUUGCUGAGAUAAGCAAAAGAUGCAUUCGAAUUGUCGGUGAGCUCCCAAGUGAUCUCCCUAGUGUAUGCGUGUUAUGCAGAGGUAAUACUUUUUCCAGGCUGGGCUUUAAUCCUCGCACUGUGAUUAUCUGUGAUCAGUGUGAAAAAGAAUUCCACGUUGGCUGUUUGAAAGAACAUAACAUUGCUGAUCUCGAGGAGCUACCUGAAGAGAAAUGGUUCUGUUCCCAUGGGUGCACAAAUAUCAACACUAAAUUGGGCAGUUUGAUAGAGCGCAGAGGAGAGAAGCUUAAUGACAACUUUCUGAGUUUUGUAAUGAAAAAGCAAAACCCUAAUGAAGAAAGCUGUCCAGAUGACAAGACCUCUCCAGACAUAAGAUGGAGGGUCCUUAGCGGGAAGUUGACCUCUUCGGAUGAUACAAAAGCAUUGCUUGCAAAGGCAGUUUCUAUUCUCCAUGAGCGGUUUGAUCCCAUCAGUGAAUCUGGGACCAGGGGAGAUCUCAUACCAGCCAUGGUGUACGGAAGGGAAACAAAGGCUCAAGAUUUCAGUGGCAUGUACUGCACCAUGUUGACUGUGGAUGAAGUGAUUGUUUCAGUGGGAAUAUUUAGGAUUUUCGGAUCAGAACUUGCGGAACUACCUCUGGUUGCUACCAGCAAAGAUUCUCAAGGGAAGGGUUACUUCCAAUGCUUGUUUGCUUGCAUCCAGGAGCUACUAGGGGGCCUAAAUGUGAAACAUCUCGUACUACCAGCGGCAGAUGAAGCAAAAUCCAUAUGGACCGACAAAUUUGGUUUCACCAAGAUGACCCAAGAGGAGGUGAGUGGAUAUAGACAAGACUACUCGGUGAUGGUCUUCCAUGGAACAUCUAUGUUGAGAAAGACAGUGCCUGCAAAGCCUGAAGACAGUAUGGAGGAGUAA